AUGGCGGACGUUCGAUCACUCCUCCGAAACGAGCUAGCUUCGCGCAAGGGCACAUCUCCAAACACCGCCGGGAAUCGCGUCACUAAAAAGCGCAAGGUCGAUAAUAGCGAUGGGAUGAUGCGAAAGAAACUCAGAUCAACGAGCCUGGAGUCGGUCCAAGAGGCGUCUGGGCCGCCACAGGAUAGUUCGCCGAGCGCCGAGGGCUCAGCGCGGGGUGAAGGGCUGCAUCCAGUCGAGGAGAAUCAUGUCGCUAAGCCACUGCCCGUUGAUAAUGACACCGAAGCAACCUCUUCAGCUGUCCCAUAUCCAUCAGUCUCAGUACAGUCAGGUCCAACACAAUCACAAAAUUCCUCUGGGACGGUAGACGAGGAUGAAUGGGCCGCUUUUGAACGAGAAGUCGCCGUACCGAGCCGAAAUCCCCAAGCACCAACUGCUCUCUCUUCCGGCGCGACCAUCUCUGCGGCGCCUGUUACCGCGGGGGAAAUUGCGGCACAGCAGGAACAAGACACCGUUACUACAGCUCGGGCGCGUGAGGCGGAACUGGAUGGAGAACGCGAGGAUGCGGCGCGCUUGAUGGAAGAGGAAUUUGACGAAAUGGACCAGCUUGAGGAACGUGUACGCCGAUUGAAACAUAUGCGGGAAGAACUACGACAGAAGCGCGCCCGUGAUGAAGCUCAGGAUCGUCCUACGGCUGUAGAGGAUCAACGGGCAAUGGAAAGUGACAGUGAUGAUGACGAAGAUGAAGAUUGGGAUGAUUGGCGAUUCAAAUAA